CAGCUUUGUGUGGAGGUUAAGGUUACAGUAGCGGUACUUGAUGUACUUUCACACAGACUGUUCAGGUGCAGUGGACCAGUGGACCCUCUCCGGCCUCUACGUCACUUCCUGCUGCGUGCGUCUGCAGGGCUGCUGUACUGUCUGCCUGGGACGGAGUGCUUCCUUCCACGCUUAGCAGACGACUAACCACAUUAAACCCAUAAAGAGGGGGUUUUAUCUUCCCAGGAGUUGGACAUUAUACGUACUCGUGUUCGACAUAAAUAUCCAUCAAGUUCAGGCGCUCGGUGGACUUUAUUCUCUCGCUGGCUUCAAUACGCUUCAGUGAGCCACUGCAGCAGCAACAGACCCAAAGCACGCCGCCGCCGACGCUGUUGUUGUGAGGGAAGAAAACAAGCUCAGCGAGCAGCUUAGCUGUGUGAUCAUUGACAGAGUUCAAUACACACACGCUUCAAGUGCUAACUGGUGAGAGCUCUGUACAGCCUACCUCCGAGCCUCUUCAAGAGCAGACCAGCUGGGAGUAUUUCUGUCGCUGAAGUCGAGGUGUUACAUGAUAUAUUUUUUAUCUGAGCCACUCUCAGGGACUUGACCAAUAGGAACCGUUUGCACAAUUUCCACCAGCUUGUCUGCAGCCCCUCCCAACGCAGACAGUCUUCUGCCCCAGCAUGAAUGAAGUCAGUGUUGUGAGAGAGGGAUGGCUCCACAAGAGAGGUGAAUACAUUAAAACAUGGCGACCUCGUUACUUCAUCUUAAAGAGCGAUGGAUCCUUCAUUGGCUACAAAGAGAAGCCCGAGGUGUCCAGUGACCACAGCCUCCCCCCGCUCAACAACUUCUCUGUCGCAGAAUGCCAGCUGAUGAAGACAGAGCGCCCAAGGCCCAACACAUUUGUCAUUCGAUGCCUGCAAUGGACCUCUGUUAUCGAGCGCACCUUCCAUGUAGACAGCAACGAGGAGAGGGAGGAGUGGAUGCGAUCGAUCCAGGCGGUGGCAAACGGCCUGAAGAGUCAGCAGCACGACGAGGAGCCCAUGGAGAUUAAAUUUGGCUCACCAAGUGACAUCAGCGGCACGGAGGAGAUGGAGAUUGCUGUGUCCAAGUUACGCACAAAAGUGAACAUGUGUGAUUUUGACUAUCUGAAGCUUCUGGGAAAAGGGACAUUUGGUAAAGUUAUCCUGGUGAAGGAGAAGGCCACGGGGAUGUACUACGCCAUGAAAAUCCUCCGCAAAGAAGUCAUCAUUGCCAAAGAUGAAGUGGCACACACUGUUACAGAAAGCAGAGUUCUCCAAAAUACGCGGCAUCCCUUUCUAACGACACUAAAAUAUGCAUUUCAAACUCAUGACCGGCUAUGCUUUGUGAUGGAGUAUGCAAAUGGUGGAGAACUCUUCUUUCACUUAUCACGAGACAGAGUGUUCUCAGAGGACAGAGCAAGAUUUUAUGGUGCGGAAAUAGUGUCAGCACUGGAGUACCUACACUCACGCAAUGUAGUUUACAGGGAUUUAAAGCUGGAGAACCUCAUGUUGGACAAGGACGGCCACAUAAAGAUUACAGACUUCGGUCUGUGUAAAGAGGGGAUCACGGACGGUGCCACCAUGAAAACCUUCUGUGGAACCCCCGAGUACCUGGCACCAGAGGUGCUGGAGGACAAUGACUACGGCCGGGCGGUGGACUGGUGGGGGCUGGGCGUGGUGAUGUACGAGAUGAUGUGUGGGCGGUUGCCCUUCUACAACCAGGACCACGAGCGUCUCUUUGAGCUCAUCCUCAUGGAGGAGAUCCGCUUCCCCAAGAACCUGGCUCCUGAGGCCAAGGCCCUGCUGGCCGGCCUGCUCAAAAAGGAUCCCAAACAAAGGCUCGGGGGCGGCCCAGAUGAUGCCAAAGAAGUGAUGAGCCACAAGUUCUUCUCCUCCAUCAACUGGAAGGAUGUUCUUGAGAAAAAGGUGAGAUUCUGGGGAAAUAAACGAAUGACGUGGCAGUUCUUAGGAUGUUCAGGGUGUGAACUAACAUAACAAUAACAAGCUAUC